AACAUAAUAGGUGCAGUCGAUAUUUAAUCAUUUAAAAAACCUCCAACAGAAUAAUGUUUCAUUUACGUUUAAAAAUUUUUAUCGUAAUAUUUUCUUCGGUGUUUGUUACUAGUCAGCAAACUAAUAAUUGUACUAUUACAGAAUUUUCUCAAGUCGAAAGAGUACUUAGAGAAUGUACGGACAUAGUUAUUUCAAAUCUAACAGUUCCAGGAGGAGUGCAGUUAAAACUGGACUUGCAAAAAGGUUCAAUAGUCACUUUUAAUGGAAAUAUAGUAUUUGAAGUAGCGUAUUGGGAUGGACAUCUGAUACAGGUCUCGGGAGAAGGUGUUUUGGUACAAGGAGCACCAGGCAGCGUCCUCAAUGCUCAAGGUGAAAAAUAUUGGGAUGGUAUGGGCGGUGAUGGUGGAGUAAGGAAACCCAAAUUUUUUGAAAUAUCAACCACAGGAGGUUCCGUUUUUAGAAACAUAUAUCUGCUAAACUGUGCACAUUUUUGCGUGGGAGUUAGUGCAACUGAUGUUCACAUUUAUGGAUUUACUAUUGAUGUUGUUGCUGGAAAUUUGAAUGGUGGUCUAAAUACUGACGGCUUUGGCGUCUCGAAUUCCCACAACGUCCUCAUAGAAAACUCAGUUGUGAUGAAUCAAGACGAUUGUGUAGUUGUUAACUUUGGAUCUAAUAUGGUAUUCAGAAACUUGCAAUGUUAUGGUUCACAUGGUUUAAGUUUUUCACUUGGUAGCAGUCAUACAGAUGAUGAUAACGCUGUAACCCAAAAUAUUACUUUUGAGGAUUGUAUAGUUGCUAAUGGGCUUUAUGGGAUCCAUUUAAAAACAAAGAGAGGAACAGGACUGCUUAGAGAUGUUAUCUACAAAAAUAUUAGAUUAUCAGGAAUAACAGAAGACGGAAUUUACAUAAACCAAGAUUAUGGGGAUAUUGGAAACACUGCUCGACCAUAUCAAAUAUCUAACUUGAAGAUAUCUAAUGUGUAUGGAUCAGUAAAUGGACAGCUUGCAAGACCUGUUCAUGUAGUCUGCAAUAAAGAUGCCUGUUCCGAUUGGACUUGGUCAAAUAUUAAUAUUUUAGGUACAGGAAAAAGUUACUGUAAUUAUUUACCGUCAGGAUUUGUUUGUUAAUUUUUUAAAUAAAGGAAUAAUUUUUUUUUUUGAGAAUUGUCAUCUAAACGUAGUUUUUUUGCCACAGAUUUUUGUAAACCGAAU